AUGCAGAGGAUGGAGGGAGAGAAAAUGGUCAGCCAUUUCUAAAAGAAAAAAAAAAAGCAGUUUUUUCUUUUUUCUCCCCCAAAUUAUUGACCUUUUUUUAUAAUCAUUUUAUUCACAAUUACACUUCAUCGUCUUCUUCUUGUUCUCUCUCUCCUUUUGUCUCUGCAGUGUGUGCAGAGCGUGUGUUUUCAACUCUCUCUCUCUUUUAUUGCAGACACUAGAAACCCAAGCUUAUGACAAACUAGACCUGACCUCUCCUUUCCCUCUUUGAAUCCCUCUCGAUCUUCAUUUUCCUUUCCUCUCGAUUUGUUUCUUCUUCAAAACCUCGUUUUCUCCAAUUUCUAAAGAAUGCGCAAUCUAAAACUAUUCGAGAGGUUUAAGAGCACCCAAAUCCACGCCUUUAAUUCACAGGACUCUCCCUCUACAAGCAACAAUGGUAGCCCUCGAACGAAGUUCCUUGGCCAUCCCAAAUCCAGUUCCAAAUCGAUCUCUCGUUCACGUUUCCCUCACGGGUUUCCCACGACGGAGCUCAUGGAGCCUCCCUUGGAUUCUUACCUCAAACCCAUCGACUUGGUUGAGUCAUUAUCCACUCUGUACCGGAGAAUCGAGUCAAGCUCGGAGUCCGAGAGGUCGAUGCUCUACCUUGAGCAGUACACUGUUCUCCGCAGCCUCGGCGACGCCAAGCUCCUGCGCAGGUGCCUGCUCAACGCCCGGAGGCACGCCGUUGACGUCCCUUGUAAGGUUGUUCUGUCUGCUUGGUUGAGAUUCGACAGGAGAGAGCACGAGCUCGUGGGAGUUGAAUCCAUGGAUUGUAAUGGGUUUGCUAUUGAAUGUCCAAAGACUAGUUUGACUCAUGGCUGUGAUCUGAAUCUAGUCAACGAGCACUGUAAAUGCUCUACGCUAUCUGAUGAAGAAGAGAUUGGUAGUGAUGACAUUAGAAUCUCUAGGGCUGAUGAGUUUUCUGGUCUAGACGAGGAUAGCGAUUUUGCCUUCUGCCUAGGUUCAGAGAAGGCUAAGUGCGUCAGGUCGCGAAUUGCAGCUCUUUCGCGGCCUUUUGAAGCGAUGCUGUAUGGUUCUUUUGUGGAAUCAAGAACUUCCGAGAUCGAUUUCUCGGAGAAUGGCAUCUCGAUUGAGGCAAUGCUGGCACUGAACAUAUACAGCAGGAUCAAAAGAGUUGAUUUGUUUCGUGUUGAAACCGUCUUUGAGCUACUUGAAUUAGCCAGCAAGUUCUGUUGUGACGAUCUGAAGUCCGCGUGUGAGUCUCGCUUGGCUUCAUCUGUCACUGACGUCGAUAAAGCUUUGACCUUUGUAGAGUACGCGUUGGAGGAACGCACGAAGCUUCUCUUAUCUGCUUGCUUGCAGGUGUUUCUGAGAGAUCUCCCUCAGUCUCUCCGCAAUUCCAAAGUGAUGAGAUUCUUCUGCAGCUCUGAAGCGAAAGAACAGUUGGCUUUUCUUGGUUCCGAGUGUUUGUUCCUGUUGUACUACUUCCUCAGCCAAGUAGGCAUGGAAGAGAAACUCACCACGGAGCCUAUGCUGAUUUUGCUGGAGAGAACUCGAGAGCUUGCUCGCACAAACUGGCAAAAGGCUGUGUCUUUGCAUCAAAUGGGAUAUGUUCUGUUUGAGAGAAAGGAUUACAAGGCAGCUCAGUUUCAUUUCAGACUAGCUUCAAGCUUAGGGCAUGUCUACUCAUUGGCUGGGGUGUCAAGAACUGAGUAUAAACAAGGGCAGAGGUACUCGGCGUACAAGCUCAUGGCGUAUCUCAUCUCUAAUCACAAGCCACAUGGAUGGAUGUACCAGGAGAGGUCUCUGUACAAUGUCGGGGUUGAGAAACUAAAAGAUCUAGCAACCGCCACUGAACUUGAUCCGACACUGACUUUUCCGUACAAGUACAGAGCCGUGAUGAAAUUUGAACAGAAGCAGAUUAAAGAAGCUUUCGAAGAGGUUGAUAGAUUAAUUCAAUUCAAGCUUACUCCAGAUUCUCUCGAACUGAGGGCUUGGCUGUUUUUAGCCAUUGGUGACCGUAAGAGUUGUUUGAGAGAUCUCAGAGCAGUGUUGUGUUUAGAGCCGAAUUAUGUUGUGUUUGGUGGGAGAAUGAGAGAUGAUUUGGCGGAGGCUCUGACCACAAAAUGUAUUGAAGUAGAGAGCGAAGCGGAUUGUUGGGUGAGGCUUUACGAGAGUUGGUCAGCCGUGGAUGAUGUUGGAUCGUUGGGUGUUGUUCAUCAGAUGCUUCAGAAUGAUCCCAGCAAAAACUUUCUGAGGUUUAGACAAUCUCUUCUUCUCUUAAGAUUGAAUUGUCAAGGAGCCGCGAUGAGGUGUUUGCGAACGGCAUGGAACUUGGCUGCUUCUGAGGCCGAGAGGUUGGUGUACGAAGGGUGGCUUUUAUACGACAUGUGUUAUGUAAACGAAGCUCUUUCUAAAGCCGAGAAGGCAAUUUCCAUUCAGCGCUCCUUUGAAGCAUUUUUCCUCAAAGCCUAUGUUCUAGCUGACAAGAAUUUCGAUCCGGACGAGAGCUCUUGUGUUGUUCAGGUUCUAGAGGAAGCCCUCAAGUGUCCUUCGGACGGGCUACGCAAAGGACAGGCUCUGAACAAUCUUGGGAGCAUCUACAUCGAGUGCGGGUUGCUAGAUCAAGCUGAGACUGCAUACAAGAACGCUCUAGCGAUCAAACACACUCGUGCUCAUCAAGGACUUGCCCGAGUUUAUUUCCUGAAGAAUCAACGUAAAGAAGCGUGCGAGGAGAUGACGAAGCUUAUUGAGAAGGCGUUUAGCAAAGCAGCAGCCUACGAGAAAAGGUCUGAGUACUGUGAACGUGAAAAUGCCAAAGAGGAUCUUGACAAGGCCACAACACUUGACCCUCUGCGAACCUAUCCCUACAGAUACCGAGCUGCUGUGCUGAUGGAUGAUCAGAGAGAGACAGAAGCAGUGGAAGAGCUGUCUAAGGCGAUAGCUUUCAGACCGGAACUGCAAACGCUGCAUCUUAGAGCAGCAUUCCACGAGGCCACGGGGAACUUGUCGUUGGCCUCUCAAGACUGCGAAGCUGCUCUCUGUUUGGAUCCGAAUCACACCGAGACGCUCCAUCUCUACAGCAGGUCCAAGGAUCAAGCUUCUUCCAUUGACAACACCAUUCUUGGCUUAGAUUAGUUCUAAAGGUAUAAACCGCAAUUUCCCCUGUGUACAUUUCAUUGGGAUAUUUUAGCUUUUAUUUCCUUCUUUUAUACAUCAAUUCUGUAAAGAAACUACCAUUAUUAAUAUUACCAAUGGUUUCUAUGCAAAACCAACUGUUCGGAUAUAUACAGUAUUUAUGAUUUUAUAAUGCAGAGGAAGUAAAAGAUGAUCAUCAUUUCACAGUGACAUUUAUGUAUCUACAGGGGACACCUAUAAGACGGCUCCUCUUUCUCUUUAGUUUCCUUCUGUGGUGAUGAUCUCCAGCUCCGUCCACCACCGUCGAGAUAGCCUCGGCAUUGCUGCGUCGGCUGCUAUGCCGGUGAUCUCUCUCAGCUUCACAACAACCUCUCUCAUUGUUGGCCUUUGAGCUGUGUAUGGAUUCAUACACUGCCUGACCACCUCUAACAGUCUCUCAACAGUAUCCUCCUGAAACGUUUUGAGGGUUGGGUCCACAAGAUCUCUCGCGGGCUUGGGUUCGAGAAACAAAGAAUCCGUGUCAGGGAACUUCCCACUGAUGAUUUCGAACACAAGGGCGCCAAAGUUUAAGACGUUGGUCUGGGGAUCAAGCAGUGAGUUUUCUAAAAGGUUCUUGCUCGAGGAGCAUUCCUUAGAGGGGGAGAUGUAGUUGAGGACAGAAAAGUCAGAGACUUUGGCGGCAUAGUCUUCGGCCAAGUAGACGGAAGAGGAGUCCAAAUUGGUGUGCAAGAUGGGUGGGUUGAGAUUGUGCAUGUGUUCUAUACAGUAAGCUAUUCCCAUGGCGAUUCUGAGUCUGGUAGGCCAGUCCAAGUGCUCCGCGUGUUGAGCUGCCAUGAAAGAUCAGUUCAACAGUUUAAAAGUUGGAUUGAGUUAAGUUAUAAAUGAUUUCUUGCGGGGGAAGGUAGUCCUCACAGUGCAGAUACUCGAAGAGGGAUCCAUUGGGAGCGUAUUCGAAAACAAGCUUUCGGUUAAAGGGCUCGUCCGAAUGGCAAUACCCAAUCACAUUCAAAAAGUUCUUGUGAUCCACUUUUGACAAGUUACGAACCUGCAGAAACAGAGCAGAACUUAUUCUUCAAUGGCUAUGGCAAUGCCUGUUUUCUGUUCAAGACAAGCGCAAAGGAGCUUCUGAUACCUUUUGUAGCAACUGUGUUUCCAUAGCGGUGGACCAGUCUGCACGAGAACCAGUCGCGACUGACACAACGGCGAUUUCAGCACCAGUGGACAAAGUCCCUUUGUAAAUAGUGCCGUCUGAGAAAGAGCCAAUGAUGUUACUGAAAUCUUCACAGGCUGCUUGUAGCUCUGAUAGCUGCAGCCUCCGAACACCUGCUGCAAAAUAUAAUAUUAGAGAGAAUUUUAGUUAUGAAGCGAGAAGAAAGAGAGAGUGUGAAGACUGAAGAGUGUGUUUGCCUGUGAUAAGAGCCUCUUGAAGCUGACCACUGCUGGUCCAAGGCUUGAUUGGAAUCUUUCGGCUGAGGAUAAGAAAGAAGAUGAUUAAUGCCACCGAGACUGUGAAUACGCCAACAACUAUGCCGACGAUCAUGUAAACCUUGGGAGAUUUCUUUUUAGUUCCUGAAGGAGGAGGAGGAGGCGGAGGCGGAGGCGGAGGCGGAGGCUGAGGCUGAGGCUGAGGUUGUGGCUGAGGCUGAGGCAGAGGCAGAGGAAGGGAAGUGACAAGGGGUGGGGUCGGGGUUUGUAUUGGCUCGCCUUGAGAAGGAGGGCUCGGGCGUUCGUCUCCUCGUGGUGGUGUUUGAGCCUCUGGUGGCUGAGACGGUUGAUCAGGAGAUGGCGGGGAGGCACCCACGGCAGGACCUGUGCCUGGAAGAGGUGUCUCAGCCAGGCUGCGACGGUUCAGAUAAGCUCCGGAAUGGAUCAAUAAGUGAUCUUGGGAAGAAUCAAAGACUUCUGUGAUCUCUUCAUGAAAUGAAAUGUCAAAGUCAAAAAAGAGACACAAGAGAUGGUAUAGAGAGAUGAGGAUAGAUGAAAGUACCUUGGCUUUUGAUGUUCAGAGGAAGAAAGCUGAGGAAGAUGAUGGAGAAUGCUGCCCGGAGAUUGAAUCUCCACCGUCCAUCGGAACUCAUGGGAGAUUUCUUUGCUUCUGUGGCUAUUUCCUGAAAGAAGGAAGAAGGAAGAGAAUGCUGGAGGAGCAGUUAAAGUUUGAAGUCGUCUUUCAAGACAAGGUCAACUAAUCAACGUUUAUUACUCUUUCCACUAUUUUUAUUUUCUUAUUAUCAUAAACCCACGACCAUAUUCCCUUUUUUAAAAGUAAAAGAAUUUGUAGUUUAUUUAAUAUAGCAACCUUAACAUUUAAUCAUUUUUAAUAAUUCUUUUAAGAUAUCAAAUUUGCAUGUUCAUUGCGCAAA